CCUUGGACGCGGCCCAGCGCCCUCGCCGCCCAAGUCCUGCCGGGCCGGCGCCUGCUGCGGCGGGUCUCGGGGGCCCUGCGCCCGGCGGUGCGCGCCCGCCGCGUGUGGUCGCCGCGCCUCCGCCGCGGCGGUGAGCGGACCUCGGGCGGGGUGGGAGGGCGCCCUGCGGAGUCCCCAGGGCCUCCCGACUCGGUUCUGCAAAGGAUAACCGGGUCUGGGAAGCGGGAGGGCCUCCGCUCCGACGUCGUCCACCAGCGGAUACUCGUUUAUCCGCUCGCAGUUUUGGCUUGAGCGAGCCUUCCUUGAACGUGUGCAAGGACUGGGCACUGAGCAGCUAAUUUCUGCUUCCCAAGAUGGAAGAAGACGCUAACCAGUUCCCUACGAAGGAGCUUUUGGACAAUGUCCCGAUUGUGGAAGACGAAAGAGAUGAACCAGAGGCUCCAGAGUUCCAGGUUGAAUUUCUUCCCCCGGCAGCUGAGAAGGGUGCCGACUCGGGAGGCCGCCGCCCGGGGAACGCCGACGCUGACCCAAGUGGGAAGAAAACAGCCGCCCCAGCCGGGUUCCAGGCUUGCGGCCUGCGGAGGACCUUGGGCCGCCUGGAGACGCUGCAGGAGGAGAAAGAGCUGCUGGUUCAGAAAACCAGAGGAGAGCUGCGUGCUUGCCGCCAGAGGAUAGAGCUCAUCGCCAAGCAGCAGGCGAGCGUGGAGGCCGAGGUGGCUGCAGGGAGAGAGGCCAACAACACCGCCUCCGUGGGCCGCCUCCAGGCGGUGUCCAGACGCCUGUGCACGGAGCUGGACGACGAGAGAGCCCUGCAGUCCCAGCUCAGAGCCGCGUUGCUGAAGAGCGAGAGCGCCAUGUGGCACAUUGCGAUCCAGAAGGGACGGCUUGAGGACGUCCAAGCGUCUGCCCAAGAGGAGGAAGCGGCUGCCAGGAAGGGCCUCCGGGCGCACGCGGCCGAGCAGCUGCACCGCGAGGAGGAGGCCCUGAAGAAGGCCGAGAGGAACCGGCUGCUGAGGGUCAGGAAGGCCAUGCACCUGCAGAAGGAGCACGGGCUCAGGCACCAGAAGCUGGUGGAAGACGCCAAGAAGAAUCACAAGAUCGCGGUGAAGUUCCUGAGGGCUUCCCUGGGAAGAAUCCGCGAGCAGGAGAGGGAGAAGGAGAUGGGGUCCCAGGAGCACAUGAGGAGGCGCAUGGACGCCGUGCUGGCUUUGAAGAACAGUAUCAGUGCCAACAGGGAAACGCUCCGGAAAUUUCAAGCAUGGGGCCAGGCCAGGGCAGAGCUGGCUGAGCAGAAGGCCCGGGCCCAGAAGGAGAUGAUUCUGGCCCAAGGUGGGGACGCUUUCAGACACCUUUCCCAUCAACGCCAGCGCCAGGAGCUGGAAGCCCAGAACCGCGCCUUCGAGGAGCAGCAGAGGCUCAGAAAGCAGGAGAUCGUAGGUCGGAUUCUGAAAGAAGAGGCUGCGGGAGAAACCAGGAGGAAGAGGCGGUCUUCUCCCACCAAAACCACGGGCCGGCUGACCCUGAGAGAUGAGACGUGGGGCUACAUCUCGGACGUCUGCGGGGACAGGGGCACGGUGGCCCUUCCCCGCAACCUGCUGCAGGACAGCGAAGCGGUCUCACCCCCCAUAGCCUCUCAGUUACUGGAAGCCAUCUCCUAUGAGUCCGUCCAGGGGGACUCGGGGAACAUCACCUGGGAACAUGACACGCUGGCCGAGCCGGAGAUCCCCGGGCUCUGGAAGGAAGACUAUAAGCCGAGCCAGGUACCCAAAGAGGAGGUGGACAGGAAGCCCGUGGGCGGGACAAAGAUGGACAAGGACAUCCUGGCGCGCACCAUGGAGCAGCUGCGCAGCAGGGUGACCCACAGGCAGGUGGCAUCCGGGCACGAGUUCAAAGGUCGCCCCUUCAAUAGCAAACCCAAGCUCAUCCACUUCAAGGACUUCGACGUCGGCAAAGUGUACAAGAAGAAGAUCACGCUGAUAAACGCCACCUACGCCAUCAACCACUGCAAGCCGGUGGGCGUGGAGGAGCACCUCAGGGACUUCAUCCGCAUCGACUUUGACCCCCCUGGUCCCAUGUCAGCCGGGAUGUCUUGUGAAGUCCUUGUCACCUUCAAGCCCAUGAUAAACAAGGAUCUGGAAGGAAGCAUCUCAUUUCUGGCUCAGACGGGUGGAUUUUCUGUUCCACUGAAAUGUUCCACGAAGAAGUGUAUGCUGUCUCUUGACAAGGAGCUCAUCGACUUUGGCAGCUACGUGGUGGGUGAGACCGCCUCCCGGAUCGUCACGCUGACCAACAUCGGAGGUCUGGGCACCAAGUUCAAGUUUCUUCGGGCAUCAGAGUCCUGUGAGAUGGACACCUCCCAGUCGGUCGCGAAAACAAGCAAUCUGUUCACAUAUGAAGAUAAAGGUAUUUACGAUAAAAUCACCACCAGCUUUUCUGAGCAAAAGAUCGAGGGCAAUGAGUCCCCUCCCAUAGACAUGACAAGCCAGAAGGAGUCUGGGAAGCUGGACGGCAAGGAGCAGGAGGAGGGGCGCCCUGCAGAAUCAGAGGGAGUGACCAUGAGCGCUGUGAUGACCGUACCUCCCAACGAGGAGCAGACGGAGAUCUCGCUGGGAGAGGUGGCAGAGGGGGAGAUUGGCCCCUUCAGCUCCAUCAAAGUGCCGGUCAUCUUCACGCCCAUCAUCCCAGGAGCGGUCUACACCAAGUUCAAGGUCGUGUUUAAGAAUCAGCAGUGUCCCACGUUAUAUUUCAGAGUCACAGGCGUUGCUAUCGACGUGCCCGUGUGGGUGCCAAAGCCCAGCGUAGACUUGAAGAUCUGCAUGUACGACCGGCUGUAUCAGGACUCCGUCCUCGUCCACACACGGUCGAAAGCGGCCCUGCGUCUGAAGUUUGAAGUGUGCAAGGAGCUGAGGGGCCACAUGGAGCUCCUGCCGGAGACGGGCUACAUCCAGGCCCAGUCCUCCUACACCGUGCAGCUCAAGUUCCUGCCGCGACACUCCCUCCCAGAAGACGCAGGGAAGUAUUUCGACAAGGAAAGCAGAGUCCUGGAGGCCCCAAUGACAAUCCGGGUGGCUGACCAGAUCAAGCCGGUGGGGUUUACGGUACACGCAGUGGUCACCACCUCGGACCUGGAGCUCAGCCCCUCGGCAGUGGACUUUGGCCACUGCACCGUGUACGAGGCCGUCAGAACCCAAGUCAGCCUCUGCAACCUCUCCCUCCUGCCCCAGGGUUUUGGGUUCGUCGGGCUCCCCAAGUUUGUGGACGUCCAGCCCAGUGACGGGUUCGGGACAAUCCUGCCGCUGGAAACGCUGCAACUUGACGUGAUCUUCCAGCCCACCAAGGCCAAGGAGUACAACUUCGAGCUCGUCUGCAAGUCGGAGAUCAACCGGUGCUUCAAGCUGUCGUGCCGAGCCGUGGGCGUCCGCCCGCCCCUGGGGCUGUCCCACUACCAGGUCAAGUUUGCAGCCACGUCCCUGUACCACACAUCCGUGGCCACGCUGUACGUCAUCAACUCUCACGUGAGCAUGAGCUCACUGACUCACUCCGCUCCCCGAGUCGGCUCCGAGGACGUCUCUCCCGUGGGGCCCACGACCUUCGAGUUCCUGCCGCCCCCCGACUCGCCCAUCACCAUCUCGCCCUUGGUGGGGACCGUGCUGCCAGGAAAGAGGUGCCUGGUCCAGGUGGCCUUCCGGCCCGUGCUCCCCACCAAGCUGAUCCUCCAGGAAGCCCUCCAGACCCUGACCAAAGAAGCGGAGGUCAAGUCGCCCUGCAAAGACACGGUCACCCAGAGGAAGGACCUAAGGAGACAGUCCUCCACGCUGCGGCUGCAGGGCCGGGACCACCUGCCCCGGGCCUCCACCACCCAGGCUGCCAAGCUGCAGAAACUGGACCUCAAGCCCAGGGGGUGUCUUCCAGAAAGUGGCUGUCCGUCCUGUGCUACGAACCAGUUCUGGGGGCCCGGAGGGAAGGGCACGGAGGCUGAAGCGGGCAGGCGAGGGCGGGGUGCAGAGCACAGCGCCCUCAGCGCACCCUGCCCCACCCCCAGUCCCCACAAUACCCUGUACCUGGAGCUGUGGUGUCCAGCCGUGGCACCGUCUCUCGUGGUGACCUCCGACAAAGGCAAAACCAUCUUCAACUUCGGUGACAUCGCUGUAGGACACCGUGGCAUAAAAAAGGUCUCCAUCCAGAACAUCUCCCCCGAGGACCUCACCGUGGAGUUCUCUGUGCUGAACCCCAGUGGCCCCUUCAUCCUGCUGACCCCCAUCAGCAAGCUGCCUGCAGGCGACACCCAGGUCCUGACACUGUCCUUCUCUCCCCGGGAGAGCAUCUUGGCCCAAGAAACACUGGACAUCAUCACCAAGAGAGACACGCUGUCUCUGACCCUCGUGGGCACUGGCGUGGCAUCCACGAUCACAUGCUCCAUUGAAGGGGACGUCCUCGACAUGGGUUACGUGAUUGCCGGAGAGUCUGUGUCCUCCAGCUUCAAGCUGCAGAACAGGUCGGCGCUGCCCAUCAGGUUCUCCAUGAAGCUGGACAGCCUCUCCAGCUCCAGGAGGGGCAAAAGCCAGCAGCGGCUGCCGCAGUUCCUCGCCUUUCCGGCCCAGAGGACUGAAGUCGUGGGCACCCAAAACCACAGCGGCCAGAGCGUGUUCAGCGUGAUCCCCGUCGAGGGCGUCAUAGACCCCGGCAAGACGCAGGACUUCACCGUGACCUUUAGCCCGGACCACGAGAGCCGUUACUUCUCCGACAGGCUGCAGGUGGUGCUCUUCGGAAAGAAACUCUCCCACCAGAUUCUUCUGAAGGGCGCGGCCCGUGAGCACAUGAUGUUCGUAGAGGGUGGAGACCCCCUGGACGUGCCUGUGGAGUCCCUGACCGUGAUCCCCACCUGCGACCCUGAGCACAGAGAAGAAGCCGAGGAGCUGAAGCCCAUCCUGGUGACCCUGGAUUACGUCCAGUUGGACACAGACAUGCCAGCCCCUCCUGCCACUCGAGAGCUGCAGGUGGGCUGCAUCCGGACCACCCAGCUGUCUCCAAAGAAGACCGUCGAGUUCAGCCUGGACGGCGCCGCAUCUCUGCAGCACAAGGGCUUCACCAUUGAGCCCUCCAGAGGCUUCGUGGAGCGUGGCCAGACCAAGACCAUCAGCAUCUCCUGGCUGCCACCUGCAGACUUUGACCUGGAUCAUCCACUCGUGGUGUCAGCCUUGCUGCAGCUCAAGGGGGAUGUGAAGGAGACUUACAAGGUCUUCUUUGUAGCCCAGGUGGUGAGCGGCCCCUGAGGCCACAGGAGUCUCUCCACACACCUCCUGCUCUCUCUUGAAGCCCUCCUGUGGUCCGCAAACCAGGCCAAGCCACCCACAGGCCUGGGACCUGGGCAUCCCCUGCUGGGCAAAUUCAAACGUGCAGCCCUCUUCAUGGCCCUAUGGCCGGGGCACCCCAGCCCUGCAGGCAUGGCUGCUUUCUGCUGACCUGGACCCAGCAAGUCUAGAGGCCAAGAGCACCCCUCCCUGGCCCCACUGAGAACAAGGCAACAAGGCCAGUCCUACCCACACGUACUUUUACCCUGAGCCCCUCAGAGCCCCCAGCCCCACCAGUACCCUCCUGCCCAGCCUUUAGAAGCCCUGGUGCGGGGAAGAGCUGCCCCCACAAGUCUGCCAAUAAACCUUCUGAGCUGCUUCGUA